AUGCCGCGCCCGCCAGUCCGGCCUGAGGACCGGCAACGGGUCGCCCGGGCCUGCCAGACCUGCAAGGCGUCCAAGAAGCGGUGCGAUGGUAUCCGGCCCUGCGGCUCCUGCUCCAGAAAGGGCCUUGGCGAAAUUUGUCGCUACGUUCCCGGGCGGCGGGGCAGCUCUUACAAGGCCCGGCGGCCCGCCGUCAGCGGCAACAACCGGGCGGGCGGGGAGGAUGUAUGCGACAAUGCUGACGGCCCGGACCUGACAUCAUCGCCCUCGGCCGUCUGGGGUAGUUAUUGCGAGAGCAACCCGGAAGUGACCCGGGUUCUACCAAAUUCAAAUCCCAGCAGGGACGCGAAUGGCGAGGAUGGGGUCGGUGGUGAUGAUGCCGGUCUUGACAGCUCGAAUGAUACAAGGUCUUCGUCGCAGCAGCCGGCUCUGAUGCUCUCUAGCUCGAGUGGAGAAGGAGUUUUCAUUGGCGACACUGCUGCGAUAUCCUUUCUUCGCUUCCUCCAGCACACUCUCAAGCGCCAUGCUGGACCGUCCGACUUUACCGACGAUCAAGACACUCAGCGGCUAUUUGAGGCUGCAGACCCUGACGCAGUCCCGCCAGCUUUCCAAGAUGAUCUCACUUUUCAGGACAAGGAAGAGUUAAUAGUGUGUUUUCUUGACGUGUCCAGCGGUCUCUUAGACCUUUUCAGCUCAGCCGAGCUUAACAAGCUCCUGAAACUAUCGACAGAGCCCAUAUAUUCGGACCGCAACCAACGGACAGCACGCAAGCGGCCACGCGAAGCCUUGUCCGCCUCCCUGUACCUGAUGAUUGCCAUUGGCGCGCAGUGCCGCGGAAAAAGUUCAGUGGACGGCGCCACGGCGGCCAAGUACUUUGCGCAGGCGCGGAAGAUGGCCUUUGACGACAUGCUGCAGGACCCGACGCUGGACUUGACCCGGGCGUUUCUGCUCAUGGCCUUCUACAUGCUGGGUGCCUGCCGUCGCAACUCGGCAUUCAUGUACAUCGGCGUGGCCUCCAAAGCGGCCGACAUCCUAGGUCUGCACAUCGAAGCGCAGCAUAGGCAUUUGAAGCCGGAUAUACGGGAGGCACGUAUGCGAACAUCCCAAACCCUCCGCGUUCUCGACGUGGUCUGCAAUUCCAUCCUCGGCCGCCGAAGCAGCGUAGUGCCCUUCGGAGCCAGCCCAGAGGCGCAACGCAGAGCUCGGCAGGAGGAAACACCACACGGCCACCGAAGCACCGCCCAAACCGCCAUCUACGACCUCUCCUCCGUCCUCGAUGCCGCCGUCACCAAGUCGACAGAAGGCGGACUAGACGCCAGGUCGGCAGAGGUCUUUUUGCGCGCGCUGCGGCAGCGCAGCCGCGAAUUCCCUCCAUCCCUUCGCCGCGGGCCGCGGGACCUUGAGAGCUGCGAACGGGGCGUCGCAGUCGGGAACAUCCAUGUGGCUGGCGCGUACUACUUUGCCGUCAUCCUAAUCACGAGGCGGUUCCUGAUCCGCCAGGUCAUGCCGCAGCUUCGAGGGACGUCGUGCGGCGGCGGGGCAGACCACGGUCCGGAUCACGGCCUCGUCUCCGAGCUGUCCCGCGCCUGCGUCGAGGCGGCUACUUACAUGGCCCAGAAUUUUCGGCAGGCUAUGGACUGUGGCUUGCUGCUGGGCAACAUGUGUAUUAUCAAAGCAUGGAUAUUCGCGGCGGGGCUAGUCCUCGGAUUCUCCCUCCUCGUAGAGGAAACUCAAGAUGCAGCCGACACAACCGAAAGGCGCGAUGCGUUUGGCAGCUCCCUCCACAUCCUAGGAGAGCUCAGACGCCUGAGUCCGCAAGCGGGACAGUACUUUGGCAUCUUGGCCAACUUCCGCGACGCCAUCGAGCAGUACAGGCAGCGGCUGCUGCAGGAGAAGAAGGCAGAGGCCUCGCGGGGCAGCUUGGUGGAUCGCAUCUUUUCGCCUCCGCACCCGCAGCAGCAACAGCAGCAACAGCAGGAAGAUCUGCCUGGUUUCUCGCAGAUGCCUACACCUGAAAUGACCAUUUUGGAUGAUGAGAUUGCCACCUGGUUAGGCGAAGGAUCACUCCCGUUUGGUGGGGUUGGAGACGGUCAGCAGCAGUGGAUGAUGUCGGGGGAUCAAGAUGUUAUCAUGCGACUUGUAUGGGAUGGCUGA